UUGCUUCCCUUCAUUGCUCUCUCUCUCUCUCUCUCUCUCUCUCUCUCUCUUUCUCUCUUACUCUCUCUCAGCCUUUGCCUUUCUUACUUCUCAUCAAACACCUUUCAUUUCUUUCAUCAAACACCUCUCUCUUUCUUUAUUUUUCUCUCUAAGCUAAGCUCUUGGUCGGAAUCAAGUUCUGGGUUUUGGUCUGCGAGUAUGGAAGGCCAAGAAGAAUUGGUUUUGAGCAGUGAUCAAGCAUCCCAGAUGAUCAUGAUCAAAGGCAAGCGCACCAAGCGCCCGAGGCCUCUGUCCCCGAACUGCGUCGUGGCUGCGGGGACGUCUAGCUCAUCAAGCGCCUGUGGUGGUGGUGGUGCUAUGGGAGGAGAUCAUGAGUAUAAUUAUUAUGGUAAUUCGUUUACAUCGCCCACAACUUCUGGUGAGAUCUAUGAGAGUACUGAGGAAGAAGAGGACAUGGCAAAUUGCCUAAUUCUCUUGGCUCAAGGAGAUCAUGUGACUGUUAACCCAAAGCAGAUCUUUGAGCAAAGACUAGAACAAACCAGUAACAUGGGCAAGGCUGGUUUCUUUGUCUAUGAGUGCAAAACAUGUAACAGAAGCUUCCCUUCAUUUCAAGCACUUGGUGGCCACAGAGCAAGUCACAAGAAGCCCAAGGCCAUGAGCACAGAGGAUAAAAAGCCAGCGCCAGCCCAUUUCAUCCCAGCCUCCACUUUUGAGGAAUUUGAAGAUCAAAGCAAGCAGUUCAUCAAAUAUAAGAGCAGCCCACCUCCUGCAAUUUCAAGCCAAAUAGGAAGCAAGCCCAAAAUUCAUGAGUGUUCAAUUUGUGGCUCUGAAUUCACAUCUGGGCAAGCUCUUGGUGGACACAUGAGAAGGCACAGAGCAGCAGCAGCAGCAGCCAACAACAGUACUAAUCAUGUGGUGGCUUUGCCUAGCAAUAUUGGCACAAGUACCAAACUGCAGAGAACUGUUCUUCCACUGGAUCUCAACCUUCCUGCACCAGAAGAUAAUGAUCAUCAUCACCACCAGCUUCAUCAUCAUCAUCAACACCGUGACUCUAAGUUUCAAUUUGUGCCUACCCAACAAACAACUCUUGUCUUCAACGCCCCUGCUUUGGUGGAUUGUCAUUAUUAAGAGAGAGAGAGAGAGAGAGAGAGAGAGAGAGAGAGAGAGAGAGAG